AUGGAACUGGCAGCGUUUGCUUCGGCAGCAACGGGCACCAGCCCGAUACUGGGCGGCAGCGCCUGUGCCCGCGUGCAACAAACGCGAGCGUCAUGUGGCACGCUUGAGGGCCGCUGCGCUCACCCCCGAGCAAUAUCUGUCAAGGAUCAGCGCAGAGAUUCCUGGGGGCGCUCGAAAUCGAUCCUGGCGCCCGCAUCAAGCGCGUCGAAAGGUCUUCCGCUGUGUGGGCGACGCAAGAACAGCGCUCGCAGGUUCACGCUUCGCGCGCAGGGCAGCGGCCGACUCUCGGACAUGUUCAUCGAAUACUACGAGCGGAAUCGAGUGACGCUGCCAGCAGGCAUCGGCAAACAAACGCUGCUGCCUGUAUAUCGACGGAUUUUCGCGGACGACCUCACACCCGUGAUGGCCUAUCGACGGCUUGUUCAUGAUGCCUCCGGAGACCCGAGGCCGUCCUUUCUCUUUGAGUCGGUUGUCGGUGGCGACCAAAUCGGACGCUUUUCCUACGUGGGUUCUUCGCCCUGUAUGCAGAUCAUUGCCUAUCAAAACGAUAUCCAGAUUAUUGAUAGCAGCGAGCACCUGCAGCACAAGUUACACGUCCCGGAUCCGUGGGUAUUUAUGCGACAGCUGACGGAGCAGAUCAAGGUCGCAGAGAAGGGCCCAGUGCCUGAGGCGUUUUGCGGUGGCUGGGUCGGCUUUGGCGGCUACGACACGGUGCGCUACUCGGAACCAAAGAAGCUGCCGUUCUCAGCGGCACCGCGGGACGAUCGAGGCCUACCUGAUUUGCACUUUGCACUGUACCAAGAGGUGGUCAUCUUUGACAAUGUAACCAAGACUGUGUACAUUGUUGUGUGGGUACCGCUCGAGGAUCACCGUUCAAUAGAAGCGGCUCGUGCCCACGGGUGGUCUCGGUCCGAGCAGCUGGUACGUGUACUCACCUGCGCCGAGCGGGAUCACCUCUUGUUGCCAUCGAGUGAGGUGCUCUUGGAUCCAGUCGAGAAACCCGAGCCCAUGCGCAGCAACAUGACCAAGGAGCAGUUUUUCCAUGCACUCGAACGCAUUUCAGAGUAUAUCUACCUUGGUGAUACUUUUCAAACGGUCUUCAGUCAGCGCUUCGAGAGGGAUACGUUCGCCGACCCGUUCCAGGUGUACCGCGCGCUCCGCAUUGUGAAUCCGUCGCCGUAUAUGCUCUACAUGCGGGCCAGGGACUGCAUUCUGAUCUCAUCCUCACCGGAGAUCCUCUGCAAGACUCGAGGUCGCAAGGUUUGGAACCGACCUCUGGCUGGCACUCGGCCGCGCGGAUCCUCACCCGAGGAGGACGCUCGGCUCGAGCAGGAACUGCUUGCGGACGAAAAGGAUCGCGCCGAGCAUGUGAUGCUCGUAGACCUCGGUCGCAAUGAUGUUGGGCGGAUUGCCGAACUGGGCUCUGUGCAAGUAGAGAAACUAUUUGAAAUUGAGCGAUACAGUCACGUGAUGCAUAUUAGCUCGACGGUGACUGGGAAGUUGCGAGCCGAGCUGUCCUGUUGGGACGCGCUACGAGCGACGCUUCCGGCAGGAACGAUAUCAGGAGCACCAAAGAUUCGCAGUAUGCAAAUUAUCGACGAGUUGGAACCGACAAAGCGGGGUCCGUAUGGUGGCGGCAUUGGCUACGUAUCAUUCGAUGGCAACGAGAUGGAUGUGGCGCUCGCGCUCCGUACCAUGGUGAUUCCCACAGCCAUGCGGAGCUCGAAUGGUGCCUGGCGGGUCCAUAUUCAGGCCGGGGCCGGUAUUGUUCUGGACUCGAACCCCGAGUCAGAGUAUUUGGAAACGAUUAACAAGGCUGCGGCGCUGGGUCGAGCCAUCGACGUUGCAGAGCACGCUUUCGUGCAAUCACCGACCGAGCAGAUUGCAGAGGACUUGCUGAACAGCUCACCCGAUGCAGCAAGCGUUGCACCGUCGCGGGACUGA